AUGUUUCCCCCAUUGAAGAACGAUUUGAUUCUGAGAGCUGCGCGAGGUGAAGCUGUUGAGAGACCACCCGUGUGGCUUAUGCGUCAGGCUGGCCGGUACCUACCGGAGUACCACGAGGUCAAAGGCAAUCGCGAUUUCUUCGAGACCUGCAGAGACCCCGAGAUCGCGUCUGCCAUCACCAUCCAGCCGAUCGACCACUUCGACGGCCUGAUCGACGCCGCGAUCAUUUUCAGCGACAUUCUUGUCAUUCCCCAGGCAAUGGGCAUGGACGUUCAAAUGGUGGAUAAGGUGGGACCCCGUUUUACGGAUCCGCUCAGGGUGCCAGAGGACCUCAACAGGUUGCACAAAAACACAGACGUCGCCAAGGAGCUGCACUGGGCUUUUACCUCUAUCACCACUACGAGAAUCAAGCUCCAGGGGCGUGUCCCGCUGUUGGGUUUUUGCGGUGCCCCAUGGACCUUGAUGUGCUACAUGAUUGAGGGAGGAGGAUCAAAAAUAUAUCGUUUUGUCAAGGAGUGGCUUUUCAAGUACCCAGAGGCCUCUCACAAGUUGCUUCAAAUGAUCACAGAUGUGGCAGUGGAGUUUCUUGCACUCCAGGUGAAGGCGGGAGCACAGAUGUUGCAAGUUUUUGAGAGCUGGGGCGGAGAGCUGAGUCCGGCAGAUUUCAGGGAGUUUUCGCUGCCAUAUCUACGCCAAAUUUCGCAGAAGUUGCCGUUGAGGUUGAAGGAACUGGGAAUUACUGAAAAGAUUCCACUCACCGUCUUUGCCAAGGGCUCGUUCUACGCUUUAGAUGAGCUGUGUGAGUCGGGCUACGACGUUGUCUCUCUUGAUUGGCUGUACGAACCGGAAGAGGCUGUCAAGGUGGUUAAUGGCAGGGUCGCCCUUCAGGGAAACCUGGAUCCCUGCGUGAUGUACGGAUCGCGUGAGACCAUCAGGCGCAAGACCGAGGAGAUGAUCAAAGGAUUUGGAGGAGGAAAAAAGAACUACAUCAUCAACUUUGGCCAUGGAACACACCCAUUCAUGGACCCUGAGCAGAUCAGGUUCUUCCUGGAGGAGUGUCAUCGCAUUGGCAAGUUGUAG